AUGGCCUCGGGUCUCCGCAUGGCGGCGCCGCUGCUGCUGCUGUGGCUGGCGGCGGCAAGCGGCAGCCUCUACGACGACUUCGACUUCGUCGGAGGCGGCGAUGCCGGGGGGAGGAUGCUCGAUAACGGGCAGCUGAUCGCCUUGUCCCUAAGCAACGGUCGCGGCUCCUCCUUUCACUCCAAGAAAGAGUACCUCUUUGGGCGAUUCUCCAUGCAGCUCAAGCUCAUCCCCGGCUACUCCGCCGGCACUGUCACUACCUUCUACGUCAGUCCCUCCCCCUUUCUCUCUCUCUCUCUCUUUUCCCCUCUUGCUCUCGCGCUCGUUAGGCUAACACCUGUCUGUCUCUCUCUCUCUGUCGCUCUCGCUCGCUUCGCUUGGCUAACACCUGUCUGUCCAUCUCUCUGUCUCUGUCUCUGUCUCUCUUUCCGUCCGUGGAAAUGCAGCUACAGCUACAGCUACUCUCUCUCUCUUUCUCUAGGCUAACACCUGUCUGUCCAUCUCUCUGUCUCUGCCUCUGUCUCUCUGUGUGUGGAGAUGCAGCUACAGUCAGGGGGAACGGCGAGGGACGAGAUAGACUUCGAGUUCCUGGGGAACCUCAGCGGGGAGCCGUACGUGGUGCACACGAAUAUCUACGUAAUGGGGGAGGGGGAGAGGGAGCAGCAGUUCUACCUCUGGUUCGACCCCACCAAGGCCUUCCACACCUAUUCCCUCCUCUGGACCCCCCGCCAUAUCCUGUAAGAACAGAGAGAGAGAGAGAGAGAAGAUGGAUACUCCGGCGGCGGCCCCGUCUUCUUCGAUCUAAUGGGUUCUCUUACGGGUGAAAAAAAUUGCAGCUUUUUCGUGGACGGGACGCCCAUCAGGGAGUUCGAGAGGGCGGCGCCGUUCCCCGCCGGCCGGGUGAUGAGGAUCUGGGGAACGCUGUGGGCCGCUCAGGAGUGGGCAACGAGGGGAGGGAGGGUCCACACCGACUGGUCAAAGGGGCCCUUCACCGCCUAUUACAGGAACUUCCUGGUGGAAAGCUGCCGCCGCUCGCCGGGCGGCGCCGCCACCGCCGCCUGCCGGGAGCUGGACGCCGCCGGCCGGAGGAGGAUGACAUGGGUGCGGAGGAAAUACAUGAUCUACAACUACUGCACCGACGUGGGUCGCUUCCCCCGCGGGCCUCCGCCGGAGUGCCACCGCCGCCACCAUUAG